CCUGGCCCGACGCGUCGUCAAAUCAACACAGCCCGCUCCUUCCCGUUGCCUCGUUAUCAGAAGUGUCUGCCACAACUUUGCCUCCAAUUCUCAGACUUCGUGUCAUUGUGGGAGGUGAUUAUCAAGAACUGAGCAGCGGGUCGACACUUGCGCCUCACCAUGACGGUCUCAACAACAGCCACGCCCGCUGCGAAUAAGGAGAACCUCGUACCCCGUAGCCGCUUUCCAACUCCGCAAUCUCUAGACCGCCUACACAAACCGUUUAAGUGCCCCGCUCACGCUACUCGCACCGUUGCAACAGACCGUCCGGCUCGAAAACGGAGAAAGGUUGAUUACAGAGGCGCCGACGGAGAGGAAGACGCUGACAGGCCAUACACCAAUGCCGACCGACUCGCCCUGGCAAGUCGAGACGUGAAUAGGUUUCCCGUAUUUCAACCAAAAGACAAGGAGCUGGUGUUUCGCAAGGCCUUUUCCGUUCCGUUCGUCAACAAGGAGGCUGCUGGAUACAAUCCGAACCGGCCGCCACCAACCCUAGGACUGAGACAGGGCGCAGCCUUCAUUGCGAAGCCGUUGCACGACCCGUGUGGCGAGUUUGCUAUUGUGCUAUAUGACCCAACGAUUGACGACAAGCCCAAGAAGGCGCCCGAAGCCGGGGAGGAACGAAAGGAUGCAGAACCGCCAUCGAAAUUAGACGCUCCGCUGAUGCACAAGAGCCUUGCCGAGAUCCUGGGAAUAAAAAAAAGAGUUCAGGGCGAGCAUCCACGGGUCCCGGUUGUCAUCGACCCCAGGCUGGCUAAGGUGCUCCGCCCACACCAGAUUGACGGCGUCAAAUUCAUGUACAGAUGUGUGACGGGCAUGAUCGACGAAAAGGCGCAUGGAUGCAUUAUGGCCGACGAGAUGGGUCUUGGUAAGACCCUGCAGUGCAUCACUCUGCUUUGGACCCUGUUGAAACAAUCACCCGAAGCCGGGAAGCCCACAAUCCAGAAGGCUAUCGUGGCAUGCCCCUCGAGUUUAGUGCGGAACUGGGCAAACGAACUGACAAAGUGGCUGGGCGCUGAUGCUAUUAACCCUUUCGCUAUUGACGGCAAGGCAUCCAAGGAAGAGUUGACUCGGCAGCUCCGCCAAUGGGCAAUCUCCACUGGUCGUUCAAUCACCCGCCCGGUCAUCAUUGUCUCCUACGAGACCCUCCGCCUCAAUGUCGAGGAGCUCAGGAAUACUCCAAUCGGCUUGAUGCUUUGCGACGAGGGGCAUCGUCUCAAAAACGGAGACAGCCAAACGUUCAAUGCGUUGAACAGCCUGAACGUUUCUCGUCGCGUCAUCCUGUCUGGUACCCCGAUACAAAACGACCUGUCAGAGUACUUCGCCCUCAUCAACUUUGCGAACCCUGACCUUCUGGGGACCCGCUUGGAGUUCCGCAAGCGCUUUGAGCUUCCCAUUCUCCGUGGGCGCGAUGCUGAUGCCUCUGAGGCCGAGCGGCAACGCGGUGAUGAGUGCCUUGCUGAGCUGCUCGGCAUCGUCAACAAGUUCAUCAUCCGUCGCACAAACGACAUCCUGUCCAAGUACCUCCCGGUCAAGUACGAGCAUGUCGUGUUCUGCAAAUUAGCCCCCUUCCAGCUGGCUCUCUACAACUACUUUAUCACCUCCCCCGGCAUUCAGGCUUUGCUUAGAGGCAAAGGCUCUCAGCCGCUCAAGGCCAUCGGCAUUUUGAAGAAGCUUUGCAACCAUCCCGAUCUGUUGGACCUCGCUGCCGACCUUCCAGGUUGCGAGCAAUUCUGGCCGGAGGACUACGUCCCAAAGGAAGCUCGCGGUCGCGAUCGCGACAUCAGGCCGUGGUACUCGGGCAAAAUGCAGGUGCUUGACCGUAUGCUCGCCCGCAUCCGUGCCGACACCAACGACAAGAUUGUGCUCAUUAGCAACUAUACCCAGACCCUCGAUCUUUUCGAGCGCCUCUGCCGCUCCCGCGGCUAUGGUUGCUUGCGUCUUGACGGCGCCAUGAACGUAAACAAGCGCCAGAAGCUCGUCGACAAGUUCAACGACCCCAACGGUGACGAGUUUGUCUUCCUACUCUCAUCCAAGGCAGGCGGGUGCGGCCUUAACCUGAUUGGCGCCAACCGUCUCGUCCUCUUCGAUCCGGACUGGAACCCGGCGGCCGACCAGCAAGCUCUGGCCCGUGUCUGGCGUGACGGGCAGAAAAAGGAUUGUUUCGUCUACCGCUUCAUCGCCACAGGCACGAUCGAGGAAAAGAUCUUCCAACGGCAGAGCCACAAGCAGAGUCUGAGCUCGUGCGUCGUUGACUCGGCCGAGGACGUGGAACGGCAUUUCAGUUUGGAUUCCCUGCGGGAAUUGUUCCAGUUCAGGGGAGAUACGAGGAGCGACACGCACGACACGUUCAAGUGUAAGCGCUGCCGGCCGGACGGGAAACAGCAUAUCAAGGCGCAGGCGAUGCUGUAUGGCGACACGAGCACGUGGAAUCACUUUGUCAAUGAGGGUCUGAAGGGCAUUGAGGAUCAUUUGCUGAAGCAGGAGUGUGGUGGGGACGAGGUCAGUGCUGUGUUCCAGUACAUUUCUCAUUGAUGAGGAGCAAGCGAUGUUGCAAGCGCGUUGAUGUCGGUUUGCUUAUGUUGCGGAAGUUGAAUCCGUUGCUGCGGUCCUUGUCUUGAUCUGAAUUGUUGCCCAAGAAGAAGAAUGUAUUUUGC